AUGUCUUCAGACGAUAUAGUGUAACAAUGUACAAUAUAAUAUUUUUUAUUUUUUUUGGCCCAGCUCUCACACUGUGUAAUGUAUUCUCUCUCUCCUCUCUCCCCCUUCGCCGGCCAGCGGCGUCGCGAGACGCGUGCGGCAGGAACGAGCUCGUCUCUCUCGGCAUCGCUCGCUCUCGGCUUCUCUCUCUAUCCUCUAUCUCUCUCUCUCUCUACUAUCUCUAUCUCUCUCUCUUCGCUCUCGCUCUCUCUCUCCUCUCUCUCUCUCUCUCUCUCUCUCUCUCUCUCUCUCUCUCUCUCUCUCUCUCUCUCUCUCUCUCUCUCUCUGUGUGUGUGUCCGUCUGUCUGUUUAGGAGUUCCAGAUGUUUGCUGCAGGAGAGUAGUGGCGGACAACACCGGAGGGCAUCUUCAAUGAGCACAUGUACAAGUAAGUAUCCCAUAUUAGGUACUACUACUUGGAUAGAGAGGAGGCAGAGGUUGCACGCAUAGAGGUAGGUACUGUGCACUGUAUGAAAUUCAUUACUUGGCAGUGAUGGUGCAACCCAAAGACACAUUGUGUCACACACUGUGGACACACCCCUUUCUCCCCAUAGGCAGUAAUCAAAUGAAUCGGACUGCUGUCAUGUUGCUGAGUUGCAUCACGAUUCUCCUCCCUUCUCCCGCAGUGUGCACUUGCAUACUUCCAUGAUGAGGAGUUUACAAGGGCACACCAUAAGAGUAGGGUGGAUAACUGGGAAGUAGCCCUCAUGUUGCUCUCUCAACCACCUAUAGGCCUAUUCCUUUAGCUGAGGGCUACAGCCGUAUUACGAUGAGGGAAUUCCAUUUGACUCAAUGGCGCCGGAGGGAAUUGGCUGCCGUUUUUAUGGACUCUAAACCAAUUAUUUUGUGUGUUUUUUUCGCAUUGUUUGUAACUUAUUUUGUACAUAAUGUUGCCGCUACCGUCUCUUAUGACCGAAAAGAGCUUCUGGACAUCAGAACAGCGAUUACUCACCUUGAACUGGACUAAUAAUUUUUCUUUAAUGAGUCGGACGAGAGGGAUUUGCUCCAGAAACCCAACAGGGCCCUCAUCCCCGUCAUUUGCAGUAGAAAGAAAAGGAGAUCGGGAUGCCUGGUAACGAGCCGGCGACGAGUGGCUAAUCUGCCUUUGCCAUCGACACUAUUGGCCAAUUUACAAUCUCUUGAUAAUAAAGUGGACGAACUACAAGCACGUAUAUCCUGCCAACGGGACAUUCAAAACUGUAAUAUCUUAUGUUUCACCGAGUCGUGGCUGAACGAAGACAUGAAUAACAUACAGCUGGUGGGUUAUACACUGUAUCGGCAGGAUAGAACAGCAGCCUCUGGUAAGACAAGGGGUGGCGGUCUAUGUACAGUGGGGAAAAAAAGUAUUUAGUCAGCCACCAAUUGUGCAAGUUCUCCCACUUAAAAAGAUGAGAGAGGCCUGUAAUUUUCAUCAUGACAGACAAAAUGAGAAAAAAAAAUCACAUUGUAGGAUUUUUAAUGAAUUUAUUUGCAAAUUAGGGUGGAAAAUAAGUAUUUGGUCAAUAACAAAAGUUUCUCAAUACUUUGUUAUAUACCCUUUGUUGGCAAUGACACAGGUCAAACGUUUUCUGUAAGUCUUCACAAGGUUUUCACACACUGUUGCUGGUAUUUAUAGACCCAUUCCUCCAUGCAGAUCUCCUCUAGAGCAGUGAUGUUUUGGGGCUGUCGCUGGGCACGUCUGGUACUGCAGGAUUUGAGUCCCUGGCGGCGUAGUGUGUUACUGAUGGUAGGCUUUGUUACUUUGAUCCCAGCUCUCUGCAGGUCAUUCACUAGGUCCCCCCGUGUGGUUCUGGGAUUUUUGCUCACCGUUCUUGUGAUCAUUUUGACCCCACGGGGUGAGAUCUUGCAUGGAGCCCCAGAUCGAGGGAGAUUAUCAGUGGUCUUGUAUGUCUUCCAUUUCCUAAUAAUUGUUCCCACAGUUGAUUUCUUCAAACCAAGCUGCUUACCUAUUGCAGAUUCAGUCUUCCCAGCCUGGUGCAGGUCUACAAUUUUGUUUCUGGUGUCCUUUGACAGCUCUUUGGUCUUGGCCAUAGUGGAGUUUGGUGUGUGACUGUUUGAGGUUGUGGACAGGUGUCUUUUAUACUGAUAACAAGUUCAAACAGGUGCCAUUAAUACAGGUAACGAAUGGAGGACAGAGGAGCCUCUUAAAGAAGAAGUUACAGGUCUGUGAGAGACAGAAAUCUUGCUUGUUUGUAGGUGACCAAAUACUUAUUUUCCACCAUAAUUUGCAAAUAAAUUCAUAAAAAAUCCUACAAUGUGAUUUUCUGGAUUUUUUUCCCUCAAUUUGUCUGUCAUAGUUGACGUGUACCUAUGAUGAAAAUUACAGGCCUCUCUCAUCUUUUUAAGAGGGAGAACUUGCACAAUUGGUGGCUGACUAAAUACUUUUUUUCCCCCACUGUAUACUUGUAAACAACAGCUGGUGCACGAUAUCAAAGGAAGUCUCAAGGUUUUGCUCGCCUGAGGUGGAGUAUCUCAUGAUAAGCUGUAGACCACACUAUCUACCAAGAGAGUUAUCUAUAUUCUUCGUAGCUGUCUAUUUACAGUGAGGGAAAAAAGUAUUUGAUCCCCUGCUGAUUUUGUACGUUUGCCCACUGACAAAGACAUGAUCAGUCUAUAAUUUUAAUGGUAGGUUUAUUUGAACAACAACAACAAAAAAUCCAGAAAAACGCAUGUCAAAAAUGUUAUAAAUUGAUUUGCAUUUUAAUGAGGGAAAUAAGUAUUUGACCCCCUCUCAAUCAGAAAGAUUUCUGGCUCCCAGGUGUCUUUUAUACAGGUAACGAGCUGAGAUUAGGAGCACGCUCUUAAAGGGAGUGCUCCUAAUCUCAGAUUGUUACCUGUAUAAAAGACACCUGUCCACAGAAGCAAUCAAUCAAUCAGAUUCCAAACUCUCCACCAUGGCCAAGACCAAAGAGCUCUCCAAGGAUGUCAGGGACAAGAUUGUAGACCUACACAAGGCUGGAAUGGGCUACAAGACCAUUUCCAAGCAGCUUGGUGAGAAGGUGACAACAGUUGGUGCAAUUAUUCGCAAAUGGAAGAAACACAAAAUAACUGUCAAUCUCCCUCGGCCUGGGGCUCCAUGCAAGAUCUCACCUCGUGGAGUUGCAAUGAUCAUGAGAACGGUGAGGAAUCAGUCCAGAACUACACGGGAGGAUCUUGUCAAUGAUCUCAAGGCAGCUGGGACCAUAGUCACCAAGAAAACAAUUGGUAACACACUACGCCCUGAAGGACUAAAAUCCUGCAGCGCCCGCAAGGUCCCCCUGCUCAAGAAAGGACAUAUACAUGCCCGUCUGAAGUUUGCCAAUGAACAUCUGAAUGAUUCAGAGGAGAACUGGGUGAAAGUGUUGUGGUCAGAUGAGACCAAAAUUUAGCUCUUUGGCAUCAACUCAACUCGCCGUGUUUGGAGGAGGAGGAAUGCUGCCUAUGACCCCAAGAACACCAUCCCCACCGUCAAACAUGGAGGUGGAAACAUUAUGCUUUGGGGGUGUUUUUCUGCUAAGGGGACAGGACAACUUCACCGCAUCAAAGGGACAAUGGACGGGGCCAUGUACAGUCAAAUCUUGGGUGAGAACCUCCUUCCCUCAGCCAGGGCAUUGAAAAUGGGUCGUGGAUGGGUAUUCCAGCAUGACAAUGACCCAAAACACACGGCCAAGGCAACAAAGGAGUGGCUCAAGAAGAAGCACAUUAAGGUCCUGGAGUUGCCUAGCCAGUCUCCAGACCUUAAUCCCAUAGAAAAUCUGUGGAGGGAGCUGAAGGUUCGAGUUGCCAAACGUCAGGCUCGAAACCUUAAUAACUUGGAGAAGAUCUGCAAAGAAGAGUGGGACAAAAUCCCUCCUGAGAUGUGUGCAAACCUGGUGGCCAACUACAAGAAACGUCUGACCUCUGAUUGCCAACAAGGGUUUUGCCACCAAGUACUAAGUCAUGUUUUGCAGAUGGGGUCAAAUACUUAUUUCCCUCAUUAAAAUGCAAAUCAAUAUAUAACAUUUUUGAUAUGCGUUUUUCUGGAUUUUUUUGUUGUUAUUUUCUCUCACUGUUCAAAUAAACCUACCAUUAAAAUUAUAGACUGAUCAUGUCUUUGUCAGUGGGCAAACGUACAAAAUCAGCAGGGGAUCAAAUACUUUUUUUCCCCUCACUGUACCACCACAACCCGAUGUUGGCAGUAAGACCGCACUCAAUGAACUGUAUAUGGCCAUAAGCAAACAGGAAAACGCUCCUCUAGAGGCAGCGCUCCUAGUGGCCGGGGACUUUAAUAGUGGCCGGGGACUCCUGAGUGGCGCAGUGGUCUAAGGCACUGCAUCGCAGUGCUAACUGUGCCACUAGAGAUCCUGGUUCGAAUCCAGGCUCUGUCGCAGCCGGCCGCGACCGGGAGACUCAUGGGCGGCGCACAAUUGGCCCAGCGUUGUCCAGGGUAGGGGAGGGAAUGGCCGGCAGGGAUGUAGCUCAGUUGAUAGAGCAUGGUGUUUGCAACGCCAGGGUUGUGGGUUCGAUUCCCACGGGGGGCCAGUAUAAAAAAUAAUAAUAUGAACUCACUAACUGUAAGUCGCUCUGGAUAAGAGCGUCUGCUAAAUGACUAAAAUGUAAAAUGUAAAUGUUAAUACAGGGAAACUUAAAUCCGUUUUACCUCAUUUCUACCAGCGUGUUAAAUGUUCAACCAGAGGGGGAAAAAAAUCUCAGGAGUCAUGAUGUAGGGUUCAGAGUUUGUUCUUGGUAAAAAAAAUGAAUCUGUCCUUUAUCUGGCUACCUAAGUAGAACUAGGAAACUUCUAACUGAUACGUUAUGGAAAAUACAUGUACGUUUCUGAACGAUGAACCAUGCUGUCUUGUUGACAGUAUGACCUGGCGGCGCAGAUUACUGUUGGAUUUGAGCAGGGCGCUCCUCCCUCACCGCUUUCGCCCGUUCACGUCACAGGCCAUAGCCCGGUGCACCCUGGUCCAGCUUAAUUAAACUCCCUCAAUAUAAGGGCUACUCUACGGCAUGGUAGUGUCCACAGUAGAAUGAAAUCUAAGUCUAUUCAUAUUGUAGUCCCAUGAUCCUCUUGUAUGUGACAUUUUGUUUAUUGCAAGUCAAGCUUUUGUUGGCAUGCCAGUAAAUAUUGUCAGCGUUACAGUAUUGAAUCCCACAGGGAACAGUACCAGAAACUUUAAGGAGGAAGAUGAUCUAGUGUGCUUUCUUCCAAUGGUCUGCACUCGGCUACUUCCCUUCAUGGACUAAAGAGCAAUGGAUUUGUACAAUAGGUUAGUCUAGUUCAGUGUUCCUGUUUCUUGCCUAAUGGGCAAAAGUGGACAUUGUCAUCCCUACCUGUGCUAUAACACUUCAUUGAACUACUCGUUAAGACCACACUUGGGUAAAUUGAGUGAAUGAAUGAUUGGUUAUAAUAAUAAUAAUAAUAUGCCAUUUAGCAGAUGGUUUUAUCCAAAGCGACUUACAGUCAUGCAUGCAUACAUUUUUGUGUAUGGGUGGUCCCGGGGAUCGAAACCACUACCUUGGCGUUACAAGCGCCGUGCUCUGCCAGCUGAGCUACAGAGGACCAUGGUUAUGACACCAUGCACUAAACCGGAGCGUACAGUUAUUGGGAGCAAUAUAAAACUGUAGGAUGUGUGAAUUGAAUUGUGACUAGUGCACUUCUCAUGAGGUCUCUAUCCAUGCUAACCUUUUUGCAUCAUUUGUGCUUUCUUUCCCACAGGCGGUUCAGGCUGAUGACCUGUCUCCGUAGCUGAUAGACACCGAGAAGGAAUAUCAUCCCCAACGAUACAACUAAUGUUUCUAACUGUACUAAUGAGGAAGAGGAGAGCCGGGCUUAUCCAUCGUCUCUGAACUGCUUGAAGCGUUCUGUCAACAUUACAGUACCACUUUGUUUACCGCUAGUCACAUGUUCAAUAAGAUGUUCUGCCAACGUAAUAACUACAGACGUGUUCUUGCUCUUCAGUAAGGUUCUAACAAUCAUAUGUUGAAAACCAUUAUCAAGGGAAACUUACAGUAGUUGAACACUUUGUAGACAGUAACCCGUUUUGUUGAACGCUAGUGAUUCUAAGAACAAUAGUAACUUACCUGUAGGACAAUGUCUCUAUCACAUGUCACUAAGGGUACAGUAAAGGUAUAUCCUUAAUAAAAAAAAUUGUUGAUGGCUAAUUAUGCGUGCCUCUCAUUUUCCAUCAUAGUAUGUAGUACAGCUACGUCUCAUCCUUGUUCUUCUUCUCCCAAUUCAUGCCGUCACAACAAGGAAAUGAAAUGGCAAACAUGAGAAAUGAUUUGUCAUUUUAAGCAUUUUUUUUUUUUUUAAAUGUGUCAGUGUUGUACUGGAUAGUACCAUGGAAAUGAAAUAUUAAACACACUUUUGCAAUUUUAUUUUUCAAAUUGGCAGACAUUAUCCAUAUUCAAUCAUGAAAAUGAUAAUGCAAUAUAUAACUUUGGAUUUUGUCACCAAAAAUGCAUGCACAUUUAGGCAAAGGAAUUGCAAACAUGGUAUACUGUAGAUUUAUAAUUUGCCCGUUUUUAGAAUUUUAGAUUGAGUUAAGUCACCCGUAGACUUCCAUAGUUAAUGUGUAUGGUGAUGACUAAUUACAUGAUUAGGGCACACACACCCAUCAUAGGUGUGUUGACAGGCAGAAACAUAGGCAGCUGUGUUUAUCUAGGGUGGUGUCUGGGGGUGGGCCUGUUCUACUGUUCACCCUGAAACGCAUUCACCACAGGCUGGUCCUGAAACGCAUUCACCACAGGCUGGUCCUGAAACCCUCUAAAUACACCUCCGCUGUCUUCAACCAGGAUCUCAGCGAGCACUGCCUUAUUGCCUGCGUCCGUAAUGGGUCCCCGGUCAAAUGACCACCCCUCAUCACUGUCAAACGCUCCCUAAAACACUUUAGCGAGCAGGCCUUUCUAAUUGACCUGGCCCGGGUAUCCUGGAUGGAUAUUGACCUCAUUCCGUCAGUAGAGGAUGCCUGGUUGUUCUUCAAAAGUGCUUUCCUCUCAAUCUUAAAUAAGCAUGCCCCAUUCAAAAAAUUCAGAACUAAGAACAGAUAUAGCCCCUGGUUCUCCUCAGACUUGACUGCCCUUGACCAGCACAAAAACAUCCUGUGGCGUACUGCAUUAGCAUCGAACAGCCCCCGCGAUAUGCAACUUUUCAGGGAAGUCAGGAACCAAUAUACACAAUCAGUUAAGAAAGCAAAGGCUAGCUUUUUCAAACAGAAAUUUGCAUCCUGUAGCACUAACUCUAAAAAGUUAAAUCUACAAUAAUCGAGAAUUUCAACAAGCAUUUUGCUACGGCCAACCAUGCUUUCCACCUGGCUACCACUACCCCGGCCACCAGCUCUGCACCCUCCACUGCAACUUGCCCAUGCAAGAUCAUCGACCAUUUCGAGUCCCACCGUACCUUCUCCGCUAUGCAAUCCGGUUUCCGAGCUGGUCAUGGGUGCACCUCAGCCACGCUCAAGGUCCUAAACGAUAUUAUAACCAAGAUCGAUAAAAGACAGUACUGCGCAGCCGUCUUCAUCGACCUGGACAAGGUUUUCGACUCUGUCAACCACCGCAUUCUUAUUGGCAGACUAAAUAGCCUUGGUUUCUCAAAUGACUGCCUCGCCUGGUUCACCAACUACUUCUCAGAGUUAAAUGUGUCAAAUCGGAGGGCCUGUUGUCUGGACCUCUGGCAGUCUCUAUGGGGGUGCCACAGGGUUCAAUUCUCGGGCCGACUCUAUUCUCUGUGUAUAUCAAUGAUGUCGUUCUUGCUGCUGGUGACGCUCGGAUCCACCUCUAUGCGGACGACACCAUUUUGUAUACAUCUGGCCUUUCAUUGGACACUGUGUUAACAAACCUCCAAACGAGCUUCAAUGCCAUACAACACUCCUUCCGUAGCCUCCAACUGCUCAUAAACACUAUUAAAACUAAAUACAUGCUCUUCAACCGAACGCUGCUUGCACCCGCCCACCCGACUAGAAUCACUACUCUCGGCGGGUCUGACCUAGAGUAUGUGGACAACUACAAAUACCUAGGUGUCUUGUUAGACCGUAAACUCUCCUUCCAGACUCACAUUAAGCAUCUCCAAUCAAAAGUUAGAUCUAGAAUCGGCUUCCUAUUUCGCAACAAAGCCUCCUUCACUCAUGCUGCCAAACAUGCCCUCGUAAAACUGACUAUCCUACCAAUCCUUGACUUCGGCGAUGCCAUUUACAAAAUAGCCUACAACACUCUACUCAGCAAAUUGGAUGUAGUCUAUCACAGUGCCAUCCGUUUUGUCACCAAAGCCCCAUAUACUACCCACCAUUGUGACCUGUACACUCUUGUUGGCUGGCCCUCACUACAUAUUCGUCCCCAAACCGACUGGCUCCAGGUCAUCUAUAAAUCACUGCUAGGCAAAUCCCCAUCUUAUCUUAGCUCACUGGUCACCAUACCAACACCCACCCGUAGUCUGCGCUCCUGCAGGUAUAUCUCACUGGUCAUCCCCAAAGCCAACACCUCCUUUGGCCGCCAUUCCUUCCUGUUCUUUGCUGCCAAUGACUGGAACGAACUGCAAAAAUCUCUGAAGCUGGAGACUCUUAUCUCCCUCAUUAACUAUAAGUGUCAGUUGUCAGAGCAGCUUACCGAUCACUGCACCUGCACACAGCCAUUCUGAAAUAAGCCCACCCAACUACCUCAUCCCCAUAUUGUUAUUCAUUUUGCUAAUUUGCACCCCAGUAUCUCUAUUUGCACAUCAUCUUUUGCACAUCUAUCAUUCCAGUGUUAAUACGAAAUUGUAACUACACUGCUCAAAAAAAUAAAGGGAACACUAAAAUAACACAUCCUAGAUCUGAAUGAAUGAAAUAAUCUUAUUAAAUACUUUUUUCUUUACAUAGUUGAAUGUGCUGACAACAAAAUCACACAAAUUAUCAAUGGAAAUGAAAUUUAUCAACCCAUGGAGGUCUGGAUUUGGAGUCACCCUCAAAAUUAAAGUGGAACACCACACUACAGGCUGAUCCAACUUUGAUGCAAUGUCCUUAAAACAAGUCAAAAUGAGGCUCAGUAGUGUGUGUGGUCUCCACGUGCCUGUAUGACCUCCCUACAACGCCUGGGCAUGCUCCUGAUGAGGUGGUGGAUGGUCUCCUGAGGGAUCUCCUCCCAGACCUGGACUAAAGCAUCCGCCAACUCCUGGACAGUCUGUGGUGCAACGUGGCGUUGGUGGAUGGAGCGAGACAUGAUGUCCUAGAUGUGCUCAAUUGGAUUCAGGUCUGGGGAACGGGCGGGCCAGUCCAUAGCAUCAAUGCCUUCCUCUUGCAGGAACUGCUGACACAUGAGGUCUAGCAUUGUCUUGCAUUAGGAGGAACCCAGGGCCAACCGCACCAGCAUAUGGUCUCACAAGGGGUCUGAGGAUCUCAUCUCGGUACCUAAUGGCAGUCAGGCUUCCUCUGGCGAGCACAUGGAGGGCUGUGCGGCCCCCCAAAGAAAUGCCACCCCACACCAUGACUGACCCACCGCCAAACCGGUCAUGCUGGAGAAUGUUGCAGGCAGCAGAACGUUCUCCACGGCGUCUCCAGACUCUGUCACGUCUGUCACAUGUGCUCAGUGUGAACCUGCUUUCAUCUGUGAAGAGCACAGGGCGGUGUGGCAAAUUUUCCAAUCUUGGUGUUCUCUGGCAAAUGCCAAACGUCCUGCACGGUGUUGGGCUGUAAGCACAACCCCCACCUGUGGACGUCGGGCCCUCAUACCACCCUCAUGGAGUCUGUUUCUGACCAUUUGAGCAGACACAUGCACAUUUGUGGCCUGCUGGAGGUCAUUUUGCAGGGCUCUGGCAGUGUUCCUCCUGCUCCUCCUUGCACAAAGGCGGAGGUAGCGGUCCUGCUGCUGGGUUGUUGCCCUCCUACAGCCUCCUCCACGUCUCCUGAUGUACUGGCCUGUCUCCUGGUAGCGCCUCCAUGCUCUGGACACUACGCUGACAGACACAGCAAACCUUCUUGCCACAGCUCGCAUUGAUGUGCCAUCCUGGAUGAGCUGCACUACCUGAGCCACUUGUGUGGGUUGUAGACUCCGUCUCAUGCUACCACUAGAGUGAAAGCACCGCCAGCAUUCAAAAGUGACCAAAACAUCAGCCAGGAAGCAUAGGAACUGAGAAGUGGUCUGUGGUCACCACCUGCAGAACCACUUCUUUAUUGGGGGUGUCUUGCUAAUUGCCUAUAAUUUCCACCUGUUGUCUAUUCCAUUUGCACAACAGCAUGUGACAUUUAUUGUCAAUCAGUGUUGCUUCCUAAGUGGACAGUUUGAUUUCACAGAAGUGUGAUUGACUUGGAUUUACAUUGUGUUGUUUAAGUGUUCCUUUUAUUUUUUUGGAGCAGUGUAUAUGUAUGUGUGUAUAUAUAUAUAUAUACACACACACACACAGUGAGGGGAAAAAAGUAUUUGAUCCCCUGCUGAUUUUGUAUGUUUGCCCACUGACAAAGAAAUUAUCGGUCUAUAAUUUUAAUGGUAGGUUUAUUUGAACGGUGAGAGACAGAAUAACAACAAAAAUAUCCAGAAAAACGCAUGUCAAAAAUGUUAUGAAUUGAUUUGCAUUUUAAUGAGGGAAAUAAGUAUUUGACCCCUCAGCAAAACCGUUCUCAUGAUCAUUGCAACUCCACGAGGUGAGAUCUUGCAUGGAGCCCCAGGCCGAGGGAGAUUGACAGUUCUUGUUUCUUCCAUUUGCGAAUAAUCGCACCAACUGUUGUCACCUUCUCACCAAGCUGCUUGGCGAUGGUCUUGUAGCCCAUUCCAGCCUUGUGUAGGUCUACAAUCUUGUCCCUGACAUCCUUGGAGAGCUCUUUGGUCUUGGCCAUGGUGGAGAGUUUGGAAUCUGAUUGAUUGACUGCUUCUGUGGACAGGUGUCUUUUUUAUACAGGUAACAAGAUGAGAUUAGGAGCACUCCCUUUAAGAGUGUGCUCCUAAUCUCAGCUCGUUACCUCUAUAAAAUACACCUGGGAGCCACAAAUCUUUCUGAUUGAGAGGGGGUCAAAUACUUAUUUCCCUCAUUAAAAUGCAAAUCAAUUUAUAACAUUUUUGACAUGCGUUUUUCUGGAUUGAUUUGUUGUUAUUCUGUCUCUCACUCUUCAAAUAAACCUACCAUUAAAAUUAUAGACUGAUCAUUUCUUUGUCAGUGGGCAAACUUACAAAAUCAGCAGGGGAUCAAAUACUUUUUUCCCUCACUGUAUAUAUAUAUAUAUAUAUAUAUAUAUAUAAUUAUUACUUUUAUUUGCCCUAAAAUGAUUAAAAGGAGAUAAACCCUGACAGAAAUGUAAUUAGUCUUCGUUAUGAGUCCCAGCCUUGUUGUCCAGUCUCACUGACUCUGUUUUAAUUAACUUAGCUGUCUUGAUAUAGAAUGGAGUUAACUAUGACCACAGGCUGUAAAAACAGAAAUAUUCAAUACAUCAUACCGCGUUCACAUUUGUUGCAUAGCAUUGUGCCUGUAGUGCAAAGGUCCUGCCUUUUCAUAAAUGUCUUUUUGAGGUGGCCUGUGAAAUAGUGAUUGUAUACGCUUCACUCGUUUGUUUAGAGUAUUUGUUAGCACUGAUACUACAAACCGCAAGAUGAGCAGAUGUGAUGGUGGAUCGUGCUUUUUUUCAUGCACCAGACAUUUGACAGGCAACAUUUUAAUUUACGGGACAUUUUGAGAAAUGUACCGGACCCGUAUGCAUUGGGUGAGUAACCUGAUGAGGGCGUCCACCCACGGUGCUCAGAAUGACAGAAAUCACAUUUAGAUGAUGGUAAUUCAUAUUAACAGAACAUGCAAGUCUAGGAUGCAAGGAUGUGCGGUCCUUCUUACCGAAUUAUGAUGUGUACUUUUGAAGAUGUUAGAGUAACUGUCCACAUUUAACUUUUCCUCAACCAACGUGACAAGUAACGAACUUCAAAAUCACUAGCCUAUGUCAAUCUACUAUCCCCCAUAGUAGAAAAAGUUGACCUAUUCUAUUGGUCAGCGUGCCGAGAAAGAAAUGGCCUAUUCCAAACACAAAUUCAGAACAGCCUCAAUUUGUCGGGCAUGGACUCUACGAGGUGUCGAAAGCGUUCCACAGGGACGCUGGCCCAUGUUGUCUCCAAUGCUGGAUGUCCUUUGGUGGUGGACCAUUCUUGAUACACACGGAAAACUGUUGAGCGUGAAAAACCCAGCAGCGUUGCAAUUCUUGACACAAACCUUUGUGCCUGGCACCUACUACCAUAACCCGUUCAAAGGCACUUUGUAAAACAAAUAAAGAAAACCCCUUGAAUGAGUAGGUGUGUCCAAACUUUUGACUGGUACUGUAAAUAUACAUUACCGGUCAGAAGUUUUAGAACACCUACUCAUUCAAGGGGUUUUCUUUAUUUUUACUAUUUUCUACAAUGUAGAAUAAUAGUGAAGACAUCAAAACUAUGAAAUAACACAUAUGGAAUCAUGUAGUAACCAAAAAAGUGUUAAACAAAUAAAAAUAUAUUUUAUAUUUGAGUUUCUUCAAAUAGCCACCCUUUGCCUUAAUGACAGCUUUGAACACUCUUUGCAUUCUGUCAACCAGCUUCAUGAGGUAGUCACCUGGAAUGCAUUUCAAUUAACAGGUGUGCCUUCUUAAAAGUUAAUUUGUGGAAUUUCUUUCCUUCUUAAUGCGUUUGAGCCAAUCAGGUGUGUUGUGAAAAGGUGUGGGGGGGGGGGGGGGGGGGGUAUACAGAAGAUACAUCAGCAUGCAUGUGUCCCUCUCUCGGCCCAUGCAGCACUCCACACGGUUAAACAUGACCUGGGGUCAGAUAGGAGCAAGUGGCUUGACUGCUGAUAAUAUACAGUACUGGUGGUUUGGGAGGUUAAACAUGACCUGAGGUCAGACAGGAGCAAGUGGCUUGACUGCUGAUAAUAUACAGUACUGGUGGUUUGGGAGGUUAAACAUGACCUGGGGUCAGAUAGGAGCAAGUGGCUUGACUGCUGAUAAUAUACAGUACUGGUGGUUUGGGAGGUUAAACAUGACCUGAGGUCAGACAGGAGCAAGUGGAUUGACUGCUGAUAAUAUACAGUACUGGUGGUUUGGGAGGUUAAACAUGACCUGAGGUCAGACAGGAGCAAGUGGCUUGACUGCUGAUUAUAUACAGUACUGGUGGUUUGGGAGGUUAAACAUGACCUGAGGUCAGACAGGAGCAAGUGGCUUGACUGCUGAUUAUAUACAGUACUGGUGGUUUGGGAGGUUAAACAUGACCUGAGGUCAGACAGGAGCAAGUGGCUUGACUGCUGAUUAUAUACAGUACUGGUGGUUUGGGAGGUUAAACAUGACCUGAGGUCAGACAGGAGCAAGUGGCUUGACUGCUGAUAAUAUACAGUACUGGUGGUUUGGGAGGUUAAACAUGACCUGGGGUCAGACAGGAGCAAGUGGCUUGACUGCUGAUUAUAUACAGUACUGGUGGUUUGGGAGGUUAAACAUGACCUGGGUAAGUUCUUAAUAACACCCUAUACCCUAGGCUUAUGUAAUGCACUACUUCCGGCCAUAUUGUCCUCAUAGGUUCCGACUAUAGGGUGAUUCAGAUAGGCCCCACUGGAUAUGUUGUUUGGUGAUUUGACAUUGGUCUCAUCCCAUUGGUCGCCAUAUUUAUUUGAUUCCAGGUAGCCAAUCAGACGCUCCAUACAGACAGCCCAGACCUGCCGGAGUGUUUCCAGCUGUCAGUGCUGUCAUGGCUGCCUUGUGUGUACCUGUGGCUUGCUUGCCCUCCGUACGUCUUCUACCUCCAGAGGAACAACAGGGGUUAUAUCAUGAUGUCCAUCCUCAACAGAGUGAAGACGGUGAGGGACCACACCACACACUGGGCUGCUGUAGGCGGACAUUUGUAUUUGUCUCUCUGUCUCUCUCUCUGUCUCUCUGUCUCUCUGUCUCUCUCUCUCUCUCUCUCGUGUCUCUAUCUCCUCUAUAUCUUAUAUAUCUCUCUGUCUCUCUCUCUCUCUCUCUCUCUGUCUCAUCUCUCUCCUCUCUAUCUUCUUCUCUCUUCUCUCUCUCUCUCUCUCUAUCUCUCUCUCUCUCUCUCUCUCUCUCUCUCUCUCUGUCUCUGUCUCUGUCUCUGUCUCCAUCUCUCUCUGUCUUUCUCGAUGCAAUCCUGUUUGGUGCCUGAGAUUCAUUCCCUGUGUCGUGCCCAUAUUCCAUUAGAUUAGUUAGUUGAUGCACGAUAAGGGAAUAGUGGAAAUGUUCAUCAGACAGGCUAAUGACCAGUACUGGGAAACGGACCAGACAUGCAUACAAGCUUGUUCAGACACUUUAGAUGGGUUUUGAACAAAUGACUCCUGCUCAGUUUUGGGUCUCUGUCUUUCUCUCUGUCUUUAUCUCUGUCUUUCUCUCAUCCUGCUCUCCUCCUCUCCUCCUCUCCUCUCCUCCUCUCCUCCUCUCCUCUCCUCUCCUGCUCUCCUCCUCUCCUCUAGGUAUUUGCGUUGGUGUUGUGGAUCGUGUGUUGGACUGAUCUCUUCGGCACCUUCAAUGAGAUGCGUCAGGGGGAUACACAGCCACCCAUCUACUUCGUUACCCCGCUGGUGGUCGGCAUGACGAUGGUACGCGUACACAACCAACAGGACGUGGCGUUCUAAACAUACAGGACAGUCAGACAGUACAGCGUUCAACUCACUUCCUGAGAAAUACCUUCUUUUUGGGGUCUUGUUGCUUAGGGACAGUAGUGUGGUUUUUAUUGGGCACAGGGGAGGGUAGUGAGGUUUUAUUGGUCACGGGAGGGUAGGGUGUUUUUUUCCCUGGUUUACGUUUGCUCUUUUGUAGGUUUUACUAUAUAAUGUCUUCCAUCCUAGCCACAUUUCCUCAUCUGCUUGCAUGCUCCUCCCCUAUAUCAAGGUGUUUUGGUACUUCCCUUAUGCACUCUGCUUUUCCGCGCGCCAACUUUUACUAUACCACAGACCAAUAUAGUCUACCAGUCUGUUCUAUCCUGCCCUCGAUCCACCAUUCAUAGUGACAAUGGUGGUAGGUGGAUAGUUUGUCCAGAUCUGCAAUAGGCUAACUAGCAAUCAUACCACACAUACAAUUAUUCAAAGCUUAAACAUUUUUUCAAUAUGAAUUCACACAAAUAGGAAUAUCUGAUAGGCAGCUUGAGAGGUGUGUCAUUACUCAUGAAAGAACGGUGAGACACGCAGCGGCAAAAAAAAUUCCCUUGCAGUUCUCUCCAAUCCGAGCGGCUAUUCCUCUCGCACCUAAAACCUAACGCUUCAAACCAUGAUAUUGAAGUGCCCAAAGUCGGUAUGCUUUGCUUUGUGGUUGUGUGGUGCAUUGGCACAGAAAAACAUGUUGGUGUAAAAUGUGGUGCAUACAGUAUAUUUUAUAUAAUAUAGUAUCAAAAUGUUGAAAAUCUGAUUUCCCCCCUAGCUGAUCAUUGUCUGCAGUCGGCUCUGAUCGUAGUGUAAUGAAACAGGCAGGGAGAGUGAGCUGGUCCGUGGUGGUCGGUGAACCCUCAACCUUCUGGCCCGUAGCCCUGCGUGGCAUCGACUGUGCCACAAAAGCAUGCUGAAGUGGCAAAGUCGAUACCCACGUUUAUAAACACAGGGUCACUACAGUUAUUGUAAUUUGUGGCCGUAAACAUUUAUUUUGAGUUAAUUCUAUGAGGGGGGGAGGUUGUGCGUGAGGGGGGUGCAUUUUUUAAAAUGACACCUCGAGUUGGACCAGUUGAUCCUUACAUGCCCUGUGUGUUUCUGUGCUUAUCUAAAUCAUGUUAACUCUCCCUCCCCCCCCCCCCCCUCCCUCCCUCCCUCCCUCCACCCCUCCCUCCCUCCCUCCCUCCCUCUUGUCUCCUCUCUCUCUCAGUUGCUAGCUACGUUUCUGAUCCAGUUUGAGAGGUUGAGAGGGGUCCAGUCUUCAGGGAUUCUCUUUAUAUUCUGGUUCCUGUCGGUGCUGUGUGCCAUCGUACCUUUCCGCUCCAAGAUCCUACAGGCCAAAUUCCAGGUGAGAUCAGGGUUUCCCCUAUCUUGUACUGAUGUCUCCCAUCCUCUGUUCCCUUUCUCAAAACGUGUUUACUGCCCUCAUUCUCCCCCUCUCCUCCCCCUCCACUCUCCUCCCCCUCUCCCUCCCCCUCUCCUCUCCCUCUCCCUCCCCCUCUCUACUCCCUCUCCCUCCCCCUCUCCUCCCCAUCCCCUCUCCUCCCCCUCCCCUCUCCUCCCCCUCCCCCUCCUCCUCCCCCUCCCCCUCUCCUCCCCCUCCUUUCCUGGCUAAGUAAUUUACAGUAGUUUUGGGGGGGGGAUUAGGCAGGGAGAUUGUUUUGGGGGUUUGGCAGGGACAUUGUUUUGGGGGUUAGGCAGUGACAUUGUUUUGGAGGUUAGGCAGUGACGUUGUUUUGGGGGUUUGGCAGGGACGUUGUUUUGGGGGUUAGGCAGGGAGAUUGUUUUGGGGGUUUGGCAGGGACAUUGUUUUGGGGGUUAGGCAGGGACAUUGUUUUGGAGGUUAGGCAGUGACGUUGUUUUGGGGGUUAGGCAGUGACGUUGUUUUGGGGGUUAGGCAGUGACGUUGUUUUGGGGGUUAGGCAGGGACGUUGUUUUGGGGGUUAGGCAGGGACGUUGUUUUGGGGGUUUGGCAGGGACGUUGUUUUGGGAGUCAGGCAGGGAUGAGGUUGUGUGGAAAGAGCAAGUGAAAGGGAAAGAGCAAGGGGGAGAGAUAGUGAGAGGGAGAGACAGAGAACAAAGAGAGGAAGUCCAUUGAGAGAUAGUAGGUCUGUUUUGAAUUGAAUAACAUAGCUGGUGAACUUCAGAGCUCUCAUUGGCUAUUGCUGAUCACCGUUCUCAAAACCUGUCGAUGCAGAUCUCACACUACAAGAGAAUAGCAGAUUUUGUGCAGAUAAAAUGAAACAUGUUUGAAAAUAUCGGGACGUCUGGGACGGAAUCGGUAGCCCUCCGAUUGAGUCUCUGAGCCGCUCACAUUAAACGAGCGUCGGUGGCGGCCGCGCGCCCCGAGUAGGCAACGACAUGGGGAUUGUGUCUCAGAUCUCAAAAAACGUGUCUGGGACCAAAAUCAUGUAGUGUACGCCCAGCUUUAGUGUAUUGUCUGUCAACUCCCUUAAGAAAUGGCUUUCAUGACAAAACGUCCUCCAACGGGUCAAUCAAGUAUUUCUCCUGUCUUGUGUUUCAGAGUGAGAUUCCAGACAAGCUGCGUUUCACCACAUUCUACUUCUACUUCAGUCUGGUUGUAGUCGAGCUGAUCCUCUGCUGCUUCAACGAGAAACCCCCCCUUUUCUCCAAUGUAGACACAGACCCCGUGAGUCAACACACACACACACACACACACACACACACACUAUCCUUGUGGGGACCAAAUAAUUGAUACCCAUUCAAAAUCCUAUUUUUCCUAACCUUAACCCCAAAUCCCUAACCUUAACUCCUAACCCUACACCUAACCCAUAACCCUAAUUGUAACCCUUGAGCCUAAAAUAGCCUUUUUCCUUGUGGGGACUGGCGAAAUGUCUUCUGGUCCCCACAAGAAUGGUAAAAACAAAACACACACGCUGUGGCCUAUCUUCAUACUCUGUUGUUUUCUCCUCAGAAUCCUUGUCCUCAAUCGACAGCUGGUUUCCUCUCCACCAUGACCUUCUGGUGGUUCACUAGGUAAAACCAUUUCCCCCAUAGACGCACACAACAAGUGUGUCCCGUUCUGUCCUAUACAUUUGUAUGGCUUAUAGCUACUUCACAAGUAAUCAUUACAUUUGAUAAAUAAUGAAUGGAACCGCAAACGGCAGUCUUCUCUCUGUGCAAUGGUGUCCUGGACACUGAUAAAGUAUUUUCCAGGGACCCUCUCUUCACAAAGUUCCACUAAUGCGUUGUGUCCCUCUCUGUCCCAGCAUGGCCAUCAAAGGCUAUAGGAACCCUCUGGAAGCGAAAGACCUGUGGUCACUGAACAAGAAGGACAGCUCAGAGGAGGUCGUCCCCAAGCUGCUGAGAGAGUGGGACCUGGAGCAGGCCAAGGCUCACAGGUAG